UUCCACACAGCGGUAGGCUUGGUUCUUACAUCCGAGACGCAACAGACAUGCCCCUGUCAGGAAAUGUAAGGCCUUUCAUAUUAUUUGAGGGCUUCGUAAAUGAAAAGAAGGGCUUCCUUCUCAUCCCCCCUGUUCCAGUGUUGAAGAUGGUUCCGUCUGUGAUAUCUGGUUGCCAGGCAACGGGCUGAGACUUCAGUAUCUUACAGAAGAAGAAGGGGGGAUCAGAAAUGUCCAGAAUGUCCCAUCACUGUUCUAGUACAUUACCCUUGUUGGCUGACAUCCAUGAGCAGAAUGUGGCCUUUGUGCUUUGCACCUCAGAAACUGAGACCGCCGGCCUAUGUAUCUUGAAAGAACUCCUCAUAAAGACUCUUUUUUCGCUGGCCCACAAACCAACAGAUUCCAUGUUUGGCAUUGUCAGCUGUGCCAGCCAGCAGGUGUUAAAUGGCAGAAAAGUUUGGUAGAAUGUUCCCUCCGCAGUGUCACUGAAGCAGCUGCCUGGAUCAGAGCCCUUCAGAGCAGCAGUGGGGCCAGUGCUGUGAUGGCUGUGGCAGCAGCGCUGGAAGAUCCCAUUUGCCAAGCAGUGUACCUGUUCACCAGUGGGCUACCUGAGCAUGCUGUGGAGGAAUGUAGUCACCUUAAGGAGGCAGAGCAAGCGCACCCAGUGCACAUAGUGUACUUGGUAGGAAGCAGAGGGGAAAAUGAACACGGGGAACAAGAAAUAAUGGAGGAAGUGGCCAAGGCGUCUGGUGUUUCCUUUCAAGCAAUCAGCCUCAGCUCUGAUGAGGAUAUUCCUGGCUGCAGUGAAAGCAUUUGCCACUCUGAUUGUAUCUGCAGGCAGCCCUGUUCCUGUCUGCUGAUGGGCCAUCACGCUACAGCACGCUUGAUUUACAUAAGUCUGAGUGAUCCUAAUCAUCUAAAAGCAAAGUUAUAUGUAAAAAUAACCUUUUGGGUUCUGCAGAACCCUUCGUCAAUCUUGUCCUGGCACAUGUUAGUUUUCUAUACCCGCAGAUUUCCUUCAGAUGCUUGGAGCCCAGUAAAGGAGGAUUUCAUUGUGUCUCCAGAGGUUUACAAUUUGCAGAGGGUGGUCCAAGUCCUCGCCAGAAGAGAGAUAGAUGGGUUUUACUAUCUGGGUCACAUUGUCCAAGAGGUUAAGGGCUCCAGAGAACACGUUCUAAUGGAGUUCCAAAGAUCUCGGCAGUCCCCGGAAGGCAAGAUCCUGUGUCGGAUGCAAGAAACGCCCCUUUACGAUGUCAUCCAUUAUGAGGAUGCCAGGUGGCAGCCCUUAGCUCCAGGAGAUGCAGUCCUGGCUCCGUGGGACAAGAAAGGUGGACGAUACGGUCCAGGUGUGAUCCUUCAGGUUGCAGAGGCUGGGCCUUCUCAUUCAGCCUUUAAAAACAGCAAAGUGCUCGUGAAUUUCUGGAAUGGGCAGACUAAGAACGUGUCUGCAGAUGUUGCUCUGAAGAUCCCUCCUCCUUUAAGUGAACGCAUUGUCCUUGAGCUUCAGAUGCCAUUAGCAGCCAGGCAGAUGUUAGUGGAGCAGAAUCCAGAUUAUCCCUAUGUUGUGCCACCUGGAUACAGAGCUUCAGGGCCUUGCCAGCUGAGUUAUUUAGGUGAGAUGCACUGGCAAGAUACUCCAAAGAACCACUGUGUUGGUGCUGGCUGCAGCUCUGCCCAUCACCCGCUUUGCCAUUGCUGCUUCCAGGCGUGGGAGUCCUUUAGGUCUCCCUUUUGCACAGUGCAACGAGAUGAUGCCUUUAUCCCCGGGACCAAAGUGACAAAGGAAGAACUGAGCAGGAAGAUAGAAGAGCAGCUUUCAAAGGGUAGGCUUCCUAUUUCGGGAAGUAAUGAGAAGGAACAGAGCAAGAAGCUGAAGGAAGCAGACGAUAUUGCAGAUUUAAAAUCCCUGGAAGAGAUAGAAAGCAAGUUUACAAAACCAAACAAGGACCAUCCAAGAGAGGGAGCAUCAGAAGCUUCACAGGAAGGUCCUGGCACCGUGGUUGAUGUAGCUGUCAACACAGACAAAUGCAUAACUCAGCAUAAACAGCAAAGACAAAGAGCCCUUUCCCAGCUCAACAGAAUUCCACUUUCUGCCCAGCCAUGCCAAAGGAGUCCUUCUUGGAAAACAUGCGCUGCAGAUGCUUCCCAGCUCCAGGCAAUCUUUGACUGGGUGGAGCAGUCACUGAAGGAAGACCAUUCUGCUGUCGAAUCGGUUUUGCCCAUCAGAAGAAGCUACAGUGCAUCUCCCAUACAGAGAAUAGUGACAAAAGCGGCAACGCGAGAUGCUCCAAGAGAGAUGGGCAUCAACACAGCCAGGAUGGAGUUCAAACAUCAGAAGAUGGAGCAGAGGCGGCUUAAGGAGGAGCAGAGGCAGGAGGAGGAGCACCUCAGAAGAGAACUGCUGCUUGACAACAAGAGGCAGAGGUCACUCCAGCGAACCUUGCAAGGCUCUCAAAAGCAGCAGGAGAACAUUGGGAGCUGGACCAAGUGGCACACAAAGAAGCAGCUGCAGGCUGCAAGAGCAGAGACAGGGAGAGGGGAAUCCCAUUUCCAGGAAGACCUAAAGAACAAAGAGGAACAAAGGCUGGAGUUCUUAAAGGCACAGCGCAAGCAGAGGGAGAAGCGGCUGGCAGAACACCAGGAAAGAAUUGAUGACCAUGAGAAAAAAACUGGAGCUGCUCAGGAACAGAAUGAAAUCCAUGCAAAGCAACUUGGAAGCCGCAGCUCAGGAGCAGGACACACAGAGGAAAGAUAA